UAAACAAAGUCGGGGCCACAAAAAUGCCUGAAUGCGCGAUUUGUAGAGCAAACGAACGGAAAUAUCGAUGCAAAACCUGCAGCAUUCCUUACUGUUCCGUUGGGUGUUACCGCGUGCAUCAGGAGAAACCAUGUGAGGCGCCACCGAAACCGGCACAGGAACCGGGCAACGGUGCGGAAUUUCGUGAAGAUCGACAACCCGCUAAACCUCUGCUGUUCACUACGGUGGACACCGUCCCACAGGAGAAGCUGGAGCUGUUAGGCCAAAGCGAACACUUGAAGAAUCUGCUCGCUAACCGGCAUUUACGGCAACUGCUGCGUGAGGUUGAUUGUGGCUGGAGUGGAAUGAAUUCGAUAAGGGUGGCAAUGAUGGAACCGCUGUUUGUGGAGUUUGCCGACGAGUGCCUUCGCUUGGUGGAACCACCGGAACCAGAGGACGACACGGAUAUGAACCAGCUCGUGUUCACAAACCGUCUGAAUCGAAAGUAAUCGGACGGAAUACCAGGAUACAACUUUAAGCUUAAGUAAAGGAUUUUCAAAAAAAAGCAGAAAA